AUGGAUCCAUCAAUAGACGAAAAUUCCUCCGAAUCAACUCAAGAAUCAUUCGACAACGAAUCAAGAAACGUAAGUAUUUUCCUUGAAUAUCCAAAAAAUCACGUAAAACGUGUAAUCAAUUAAUUGAAAAAUCAAUCAAAGAGGCGUCCUCUUUUUCUCUGCACCUCUUCUAUAAUUACUCAUCUCUCGAUGAAUGUUCGAAAAAUCAAAAAUUGAAAUAUUCAUUGGGUGUCAAAUUAUAUGAAAUUUUUAUUGAAGAUAGCUGAAGAUAUCUUCCAGCUUUUCCAAAAAACCAAAUUCAAAAACGAUUAUUUUCCAUAGAGAAACUUAAUUUUAAAGUUGACAUCUGGAUAAUUAUCGAUUUUUUUUGUAUGGGAAAAGAGGGAGAGGUUGACCUAGGGUGUUGUUUAAGGCUGAUCAUAGCUAAUGGGAAAGGUUAAUUGUAUCUAACGUUAUUUGGCACACAUGUUGGAUAGUUAUCAAAACUAGUCGCCCUUAUGACUGGGCAACCCCAUUUCAAAACUUCUUGAAUAAUUUUAAAUUCAGGACGAUUCAUCAAACAACUCUGAUCGAUACGAUUCCGAAGAAAAUAAGGUUGGUUUGAAUUUUGUGAGUAUUAAACCAAUGUGAUUUUUCAGAACAGCCAAGAGUACCUCGAUUCCCCAGACAUCAGCGACGACCAAGUUAUGGAAGAGUUGCAUGAUGAGCCUCCAGUCGACGACGAUGAACAAGAAAAAAUUCAAGAUGAUUAG